CGGGGCGGUGCAGCCCCGCCGGGGCCGGGGCCGGGAGCGGGGCCGGGGCCGGGCAGCUCUCCCUCCCGCGGCAGCCAUGGCAGAGGGCUCCGAGAAGGUGCCGAUCGCCCGAGUGGGGCCCGACGAUGUGGAGCUGUGCCUGCCCCCAGCGUACGCGGCGGCCGCGCCCCCCGGGCCGGGGCGGCUGCUGAAGGCCGGGGCCGUGGUGCUGAUCGCCGGGGCGCUCCUGCUGCUGGCCGGGGCCAUCGGCGCCUUCUACUUCUGGAAAGCCACGGAGCGGCAGGUGUACAACAUUCACUAUACUAUGAGCAUUAAUGGAAAAGUACAAGAUGGAUCAAUGGAAAUAGAUGCUGGAAACAACUUAGAGACAUUCAAAACAGGAAGCGGGAGUGAAGAGGCAGUUGAAGUCCAUGAUUUUCAGAUCGGCAUAACUGGGAUCCGUUUUGCUGAAGGAGAAAAGUGUUACAUCAAAGCUCAGCCAAAAGCCCACAUCCCUGAAGUUGAUGCUAUGGCUAAAGCGAGCCUCUCAUCUGAGCUGGAAGAUGAAAUCAUGCCUGUGAGAUUUGACAAAAACUCCCUUAUCUGGGUGGCUGCAGAUGAGCCUAUCAAGCAUAACAGCUUCCUAAGCCCCAAAAUUUUAGAGCUUUGCAGGGAUCUUCCAAUUUUCUGGCUGCGACCAACAUAUCCCAAAGAUAACCAGAGGAGAGAAAUGAAGAGAAACAAGCGCCAAUCAGAACCAAACUUUGAUGAGGAAGACUUGGAAGCUGCUUCUGAAGAAGUAAACCCCAGGUCACGCACCGUGCAGCUGACUCAAGAGCUUGGCCACCAGGCUAAUGAAACCAGGCCAAUGGGACAAGAAACUGAUCAAACAUUUAAUCCAGACAAUCCAUACAACCAGCAGGAAGGCGAAGGGAUGGCUUUUGACCCCAUGCUGGAUCACCUGGGCGUGUGCUGCAUCGAGUGCCGGCGGAGCUACACGCAGUGCCAGCGGAUCUGCGAGCCCCUCCUGGGCUACCAGCCGUGGCCCUACAACUACCAGGGCUGCCGCACCGCCUGCCGCAUCAUCAUGCCCUGCAGCUGGUGGGCUGCUCGGAUCAUGGGCGUUGUGUGAGAAAAUCCCUCGACCCAAACAAAAAAUAACUAAACUGGAGCUUUGACAAAAUAAGCAGGAAUACAAUGAACUGGUAAAAGACUAAAACCAAAGCAGCAGUACUGAUCCUGCCUUACAAAAUCAGAGCCUGUUUUUCUGCACCAAAAGCAAGGUCAGAUAUUGCAACUGCAAAUUAAAAUCUCAAGUUAAUAUUCCAUUAGCUGUACAAGAAGCAAAGGUAUAUUAGCACUUGCUGAAUUAAAAAACUGAGACAUCUCAAAAAAAGACAAUAUUAAACUUUGCUUACAAUUGGUUUAGCAGUCCAGAGGCUUGCCUAUACAUCUAAAUAAAGCCUUUCAAAACAAACCCCUCUCUUUCCAAGUUAUAUGUGAAAAUUUACACCCAAUUAAACAACUAGCUCAACUUGUACACUUGGGAGUGCCUUUAAUCCAUGUAACUUACUUAAAUAAAUCACAACUUAAGUUGCUCCCUGUUGCUAUUCAGAGUUGCCAGAUCACUAUGAAUGGUUAUAAACCAAUUACAGCAUACCUUUCCCACAAAGCUGCUCCAGGGGACACGAGAAAGUGCACAUUGUGCUAAAUCGGAAACAAACAGCAGGAAAAGUGGCUGUGGAAGGGAAUGUGAGUGGCUGCAGAAUCAAAACCCUUUGCAUAUCCCAACAUCAAAGAAGCCCCAGCAUCAAGAAUCCUGUAUCCAUGAUACCACUGUAGUGUCUAACAAGUAUCUGCGAUCCAGCUACUACAGCAAAAGUAUUUACAUGCAGUUACAGACCAAGGAGUCUCAAGACCCUUCAGAAUCUACAACAGCCACUGUUAUUUAUAAAUCCUUGAACUAGACACUUUUGACACAAGAUUACAACCCCUCUUUAUUUCACAUGGAUAGCAGCCAUUCACACCAGUUCCUUUAGCUUUGCUGAAGCUCACAUCCCUUCCCCACAAGAGAAACUGUUUACCAGAAGGGAGGGGAAAAAAAAACCCUUUUUUUUUCUUCCCUCUCCUUUCUCACCUCACCCUUUUUGCUAAGGCAAACUCUGCAAUUAUUGGGACCGAUCCCAUUACACAUUAAAUGUCUAAGGAAGGUACUAAGCUGAAACACUCGAAGCUGGAACAACUUAGUAUUUCUAGCCUUGAAAAACAAGUAGUGGUAUUACACUGCCUUUAUCCAUACUAUGUAUCUUGAACCCUACCUCCAAGUUUAUGGAGCCAUCUACAUCAUCUUUAUUAAAAAAAUGCUUCAGCUUUUCUUAAAGUCUGCUUUCUGGAGCAUUCAUUUUUGUGACUAAACAGCUCUUGAGAUGUUGCAAGCCCAGUAAUGUUAUUAACACUGCGUGACACAGAGAAAAGAGGAAUUAAUUUGACAUAAUCGUGGCUUAAAGAAAAUAAAGACAAUCUCAUGUGGAAUGCUAAACUGCAUAUCUAAAAAGCAAAGUGUUAAGUGAGAAUAAGAUGAGAGUAGAAUUCAGUAUUUUGUUCUAUUGUAGCUUUUUAGUAUAAACUUCACCUUCCCUUAAUCUGAAGGACAGACUUGCUUUGAAAUAUUUAAAUUAUAAACUUCUUAAAGUGGGAUUUCAAGGCCUGUUAAAUUUGAGUUUCUGCUUUUUAAACUGAAAAUGACCUUGAUCAUUAUGUUGUUUUAGAAGUACAUCUAUCAUAGGCUUAGAAAAGUCAGUUUUCCUUUUUUUUUACUGCAGAUUAAACAAACACAUUUUAAAAACCCA